UGGUCGCUCUCGGUAUGUGCAGCACACGUAAACAUAAGGCUGCCCGGUGAUUUUGUGUGAGCCGUGCUCAAAUCGUGUGCGCUUGUGAUUUUUCAAAAGCGAUUCAAACGUUCGAUUAUCGCAACGUUCCUGAGUGAUUGAUAAUAUCUAAUGAUAGUCAGUCAGGUUUGAAAUGGGUCACUGAGUGAGAGGGCCCAACGGAAGAUCAUGACGAUAAGAGCGUACUACGCUGAAUGUGCUGCGAGUGAGUGAAUGACGUGAAAUCGGUUGAAGCGAUCAGUCACAGCGCGAUAACAAUCGCGAACGGAAAUGUCAAACUUUUAUCGCAACAGUGCGAUUUUCCCGUGAAGGUGUUUUUCCUCGGUUCUGUUUUGAACUGGCGGUUCGCUCUCCCGCUCCAGAACGAACGGCUGAUGGCCGCAUGUGUGAGUGUGAGUGCAGGGUCGGCAUCAGUGUUGGUGAGUGAGUGCAUCCAUUGACGAGCACAGAAGGGGGUGUGAGAUGCACAGUGGAAAAAAGUGCUGCAAUUUCGGGCGUACACACGUGUCGUGCUUGAACCAUUGUCGGUAACCUGACAAACAAAAGUUCACUUCGCGCUGUCCCUUUGUUCGUCUGAACCCGCGCGCACUGUGUAAUUUUAUUCAUGUUUGUAAUAAAUAUUAAAGUUGAAAUAUUUUUCUGGCGAUAAACGCGAAAAGAUUGUGAACAAAGUUGUUACUCAGCAGAAAGCGAUAAAAAGUCCCGAUAGACCGACUAAGCGAGAGCUUGUUUGGUCGAGACCAGAGACAACACGGCGGGAGGAAACAAGCGCAAAAACAAAAUCAGCAUUUCCAUCACAAUCAAACCGUUUGGAUCUUCAGCGUCAGUUCGGUGUGUCUCGCUCGGUAUUUGGUGUCUGCGGGUUCGCACCGCGGCGAAAAAAAAGUGUCGAAAGCGCAGUCAAACUGGGCUGCCGGAAUAAACGAGUGCUCCCGCGCCCGGAGUAUUCAAUAAAUAAAAUACACAUUUUAUGUGAUUUUGCCAUAUCUCCACGCAAAUGACUCAUAAACGAAAAACGCACGACGGAAACUGAACGACAGUAGUGGCAAUCGUAUCAUAGCAUGCUGUGAUCGGCGAGCCACCGCAACGGCAGCAGUCAUCAUAAAAACAUAAACGUCAAAAUAACGUGCGACACCUUCCCGUCUGGUUUCUGGCCCACUUGUCCUUCCGGCACUAUCGGCCCUGUAGCUCGAUCGGAGGUAGUCGAAUUCCGUUAUCGAACGUCACAGCCUGCUUCGAAUAAUGAAAUAAUAACACGAACAACGUGAAAAUAAAUAGUUUGUGGCGCGCGGUUGCCUGGAGGUGGCCGAGGCGCACGCGGGUGCCAUCUUUGUUGUUGCGGUUGUCGCGCUCUCGUCGUGUGACACCGGUAGCGCAGUGUGCUCAGCGCUGUCGAAACGAGCGCUUAAUCCGCACACAAGAAGUGAAAGAAGUGGUGCAUUAUUUAUUUUUUGGCGAGCAUUUCGCGGUGGGAACGGAAAAAUUGUUCGAACAAAAACAUCGAUAGUGGAGAACUGCACUUGCUGCUCGCUAGACCGGUGCCUGGUGGGAAGCAGCUCGCUAUGACCGUCGAGCAGAGCCUGGAAGCAGCAACCGUAAUGGGAGACGAUGAGGAAGCUGCUGAUGAGCAGCAGUCAUUACCCCAGGAGCAACAAGGAAAUUCUUCAUCAAGCAGCAGUAGCAGUAGCAGUGGUAGCGAAGUAGGCGGCGAAACAGAAAUGAUCCACUCCCAGCCUGCUUCAAUUCAGAACGAAACGGAAGAGGAGACCCCUAUGGAAACGACUCCCCCGGAAGAAGCAGCAUCUUCCCCUGCUCCCUCAACAGCAACCCGUAGCAGUAGAACGCCUUCUGUGGCAUCACCUCCACCUCCUCCCCCAACGACUACUAUGAGUGAUGCCGGCUCAGACCGCGGAGUUUCCUCUCCGGAGAAGGUCGAAAUCAAGGUCGAACCCGACUUCUUGGUUGACGAAAAUCAAAGAUCUCCAGAGGUGGACCAUGAAGAAGUGAGUAAAUCUCCAAAUCUGAGCACCGCUCAGCUUCCCAUGCUUAGACUGAAUGCCGCUUUGGCCGCUGACCCAGCAACCAAUCCGGACGCUAAAGAUCUUAAAAAUAUCACCGCUGCAAAUGAUAGUCAGUUCGAGAAGAACAACGAGUCCAACAAUUACCAAACGGCUGGUCCCCCACCGCAAGCAAUCCUUCGGAAGCCCGCCAAGCCGGAAAACAUCACCAUUCCUAUAACCGUGGAUCUGCCGCCCCGGAUACCAAUGUACAUGUGUGGACCGUGCGGCAUUCGAUUCUCAUCGGCCUCUACCCUGGAGGCCCACCAAACCUACUACUGUUCCCAUCGGAAGGACGCCGACGAGAACAACGGUGGUGGGAAAAACGCACAUUCCAACGAUCCCAACAGUUCCGAGCCGCCAUCAAAAGCGGCCAAAACCGGGAAACAGUACGCAUGCACCCAGUGUUCGUACAGCGCAGAUAAAAAGGUCUCUCUAAACCGUCAUAUGCGUAUGCACCAGUCGUCUCCUGCACCGAGCCCGAACACGUCCAACGGAGACGACAGCACAGCUAGUCAACAGCUCCAGCUGCAGUUCCAAGUCCAGGCGGCAGCCGCUGCAGCUGCCGCAGCCGCCGCUUUGCAGCAACAACAACAACAGCAGCAACAACCGCCGCCUCAAGUAGACCGGUACUGUUCCGAUUGUGAUAUUCGGUUUUCCAGCACCAAGACAUACCGAGCCCACAAACAGCACUACUGCAGUUCGCGACAUAGAGAAGGUCAAUCGAACAACAGUACGCCGAAACCUCAGCACAAAUCUGGUUCACAAAGUCCCCCUGAAGUACCCAAAACGCCUCCGGUGACUUCUCAACAACCAUUCCUGGCACUUCCUACCAACCCAAUAAUUGUAAUACCAUACUCGUUGAUCCGCGGCGCCAGCGUAAUUCCGGCUCUUCUAUCAUCCUUAGCACCGGGGAUCUCAAACCCCGAAUCAGCUUGCUUCAUCUUCCAGAACGGCACUCUCCAACCGAUAGCAGUUUCUGCAGCGGCGGCCGCUGCUGCAGCAGCCAGUGCAGCCGCCGCAGCGGCGGUAAGCGUCCACCAAACGUCGCAACAUCAGCCGCCACCACCACUGGCCAACGUUAGUGGUUCUGGACCCCAAUCGCGAGUCCAAACUCCAAACGUCGGCAGCGAGAGCAGUUCCAACAGUAACAGCACCGGCGAGGUGCUCAAAGCAGUCAACAAACGGGACAAUGUCAAAGAAUCUUCAACUCCGCUGGACCUAUCGGUGCGAAGCGGCAAUCUCCGCGAGCGAUCGCUAUCGCUCUCCUCAGCCAUAUCAGUCGAACAACUGCGGAUGGACUUCGACAGCUUGAUGGAAGGCAAAGAGAAUCUCUCGGUCAGCGGCGAUUCCAUCACUCCAGAACAGAUCGUUUGCGCACCAUCGCUCCCGGGGAGUCCUCCUCUGACGCCAUCCCCCAAACGUCGUUCGAACAGCCCUCGAGGGGGAGGUGGUGGUGGUUCUGGAAGUGGAGUCGGUUCUCGAAGUGAACGUGAAGGUUCCAUAUCCAUAUCUCCACUUUCGUUACAGCAGCAGCAACAGCUUUUGAUGCGUCCUCUUCUUCCGGCGGAUAUUGCUCUGCGUCUCUCGGCAGCUGAUCCCGCGCUUAAUCUCAACCUCAACAUACUUCCAAACUCGCCACUACUCACUCAAAAGGGCGUCGAGCUUGCUCUUCGGCUUUCCUCGGGCUCAAACAGCAACUGCGUAGAUCCUACUUCCAAGAACCUUUCCCAGCCGCAAAUGUCUCCUCUGUUGAACAGCAUUUCACCGACCAACAACGUUCAGGUUCCGGUUCUCUCGAGCACUCCUCAGAUUUUUGUCAAACAAGGCGAUUCGAAGUGCAAGGAGUGCAACAUAGUCUUUUGCAAGUACGAGAACUACUUAGCUCAUAAGAAGCAUUACUGCUCCGCCCGUAAUCUGGAUCAGGACGGAGACAACCAGAAAACUAGUCCUCCAAUAUCUCCACAAGCGACGAGUCCUUCAACUCCGACGGCAACUACGGCUGGCGGUGGAUCGCGAACAUCUAGCGGAGGUCAAACUGUUGCCUAUCAGCAGCUCAUUUGUGCCGCUUGCGGCAUCAAGUUCACAUCGCUGGACAAUCUGAGCGCUCAUCAGAUGUACUAUUGUCCGAAGCGAGUAGAUGUGCAGAUUCCGGCUGCCGUUGCUCCACAAAAGGAGCGUUGCUCUAAGUGUAAGAGCAUGCAUGAGCCCGGGCAGCCAUGUACCGUGGCCGGCCAGGGAGCUUACAAGUGUCCCAUCUGUGAGACUAUUAGUCCGAAUUCGACUGAAGCACGACGCCAUAUGGAUACCCAUGGGGGUGUGAAAGCAUUCCGAUGCACCAUUUGCCGCUAUAAGGGUAACACGUUGCGCGGGAUGCGAACUCACAUUCGGAUGCAUUUCGACAAGAAAACAAAUGAUUUCAAUGAGGAAAACUAUAUCACAUGUAUCCUAGAAGAGGACGGCAUCGAAAUACCACCAGCCGCAGCUGUUGCGUCUGCGGCAGCUGCUGCCGCCGCAGUUGCCGCCACAACUGCUCAGCUAAUGAAUCAGGCAGUUGCAGCGGCACAAGCGGCUAGUCAUCAACAACUGCCACCGAUUCGGCAUGUAGAGAACAAUAGCGGUGGUCUAUCGGGGCAUGUUCACUAUUGUGAACUGUGCCCAUAUUACUCAGCCUACAAACUAAAUGUGGCAAAACAUAUCAAACUUAUUCACGGGCGAGAACGGCCGCCUAGCAAUUCGCCAUUGGUCGGCGAAGGAGGUGAAUCUCUGAUAUUCAAUGGUGACAGUGGAAAUUCAACGCCUCGUCCUCCUAUCAGCAGCACUCCAGGUCCAAACGUUAAAAGCCUAAUCAAAACUGAACCGGAAGACGAUCGCCCAGAAGAUGCCGAUGUUGACGUAGAUGUGGUUCUAGAAGAACCCGAAGUGAUAAUCAAAACUGAGGCGGCGGAACAGCCAACAAACCAGCUGAUGGGAUCUCCACCUCCACCGCUCCUGCUGGCAAGUCAACCUGCACACCAUCUAAAAGUGAAACCCCUGCACCCUGGAGGCCCAGGUGGCCUGAAGACCUCUCCGAACCACCAGUCCCAACCCAAAACCCCGUCGCCGCCCGGCUACUUAGGAGAGAUCAACCACAGCGGACCUAAUCACUGUGACGCCUGCGAUAUUACUUUUAACUACGUCAAUACGUUCAUAGCUCAUAAGAAAUUCUACUGCAAGAAGAGUCAACAAGAUGGCGGUGCGGCACCAUCAGGUGGGGCACCGGCAAGCAUUCGAGCGGCGUCAGCGGGCUCACCAAACAACGUGGUCACCGUUUCCAGGGCAACGGAGACGUCAGUUUAGGCUAAGCUACUACAACAGCAGUGGAUGCUUUGCGUUAGCGGCUCGUUUCCAAUGGUAAAUAAGGGGUCAGCAGUCUAUGCGGGAAUAGAGGCAAUUGUAUACGGAGAAACUUAAAAGCCGGAAAACAAAGAAUUUACCAAUUUAUGCAUAAUGUAUACGGUUUUAUCUGAAAAAUAUCACACAAAUGGGAGAGUUCCCAUUGCUUCACUUACACGUAGCAGGAAGUGAUCGCUUCUGUGCCGAGCAUACUUGUAUGAGGCUGCCCGAAAAUUUUGCUACAGAAUCUAAAAAUUCUUAAGUAUAACUAGACUUAAGCUGAACUAUUAUAUGGAUUGGUGUUAAAAGCACAUACGCUGUGUAAUGUUUAGGAAAAAAUGAAAAGUAAUUUUGUUGCUGUGCUAGCGGAGGAGGAAGCAAUCCGACAUGUUGACCCUCUUCUGCUGGAUUAUAGGUUAAUUCUUUAUUUCAGUUCAAACCCUUGUUUUUAAUGUUAGGAUUUGUUUAUUACCAAAGUUAUAGCGAGUUGUUUAAUUUUGUCAAUUUUAGUUUUAAAUUCCUCCAAACCAAUACGUAUAACUUCCAAUUUGAAUCAAGACUUAAGCGAUAUUUGCAUUUAGUAGAAACUAGCGUAUAAACCCUAUAAUAAGUGGGAUGUAAAUCUGUGUAAAAAUAGUGAAGCGGUAAUAAAAUUGUAAAACCUAAGCUCGAAUUUAAACUAAUUGAAAAUUAAUCGACACAGACACUUAAGAUAGGAAUAAAGCAAACAAAUUGCAUCACAGUCUUCUACCUUUAACAAACAGUUAAGAAGCAGAUUUCUUUUUUCUCCUACAUGUAGCUUGUAGAAUCAGAAUUUGAAUCCCAUAGCAAAUUUGAAACAAAGGCCAUAUUAACAUGCUUGGAUUUAUUACCACGAUUACCACACAAAUACCACUUAUACAUUUAAAAAAAAAUCGAAAUUCACUCAUCCACACACUCUCUCAAAGUGCGUUUUGAUUUGAUUCUGUAAUCUCUGUUGGAGUGAAAAAUUCCCAAAUAUCGAACGAAAACUAUGUAAAAAUAUAUGUCAAACCAAAUUAUUCGUCGGCGUGAAAAAUAGUUAUUGGGAAGUAAAACGAAAAAUUAACUUGAAACUAAACACAAACACAUAGAAUCAAAUGACAAUAAAUUAUUAUUUAUCGAACGUAAACGAACAAUGUAAUGAAAUCAAACGUGAAAAUACUAAAACAGAGUGUUGAAACAGAGAUCGAAACGAAACUAGGAAACAGUUAGUGAACAGAAGAAAAACAAGAACAGAGAAACACCUUCAAAGAAGCCCUAUCAACCAUUAAACACAUGGAGGUUCAAUUAAACUAACAAAUACUGAAAAA